AUGACGUCCUCCACUCACAUCUUCCUUCUUCUGCUUCUCUUUGUUGUCUCGAUCUAUAGUCAAUCAACAACUUUCAGUCCCUUCAAGUUCGAAGAGGCUACCAUCGCAGACAUCCAAGAGGCCUUCAACAAUGGCAUGUUAAAUUCUUCCCAACUGGUCAAGCACUACCUGGAUCAAAUUAGCACACUCAACCCCCACCUCAAUGCUGUCAUAGAGGUCAACCCUGAUGCAAUUGACGAUGCAGCUAAAGCAGACCUUCAGCGUAGCACUGAUGGCAUGCAACUUAGUCCCCUCCAUGGUAUCCCGGUUCUUAUCAAAGACAACAUCAACACCCAUGACAAGCUCAAUACUACCUCGGGCUCCUUCGCCCUUCUCGGCUCUGUUGUGUCUCAAGAUGCCGGUGUCAUCCAACGUCUUCGUAAAGCCGGUGCUAUCAUUCUCGGAAAGUCAAGCAUGAGUGAGUGGGACAACUUUCGAUCGUUGGACGUAAAGCAAGGGUGGAGCCCACGUGGAGGACAAGGUCGAAAUCCCUACCCUACAGCGGACGGUCCAUGUGGGACUAGCAGUGGGUCAGCCAUAGCAGUAGCUGCAAAUUUAGUGACUGUUUCACUAGGUACAGAUUUAGAUAAUGCCAUCACUUGCCCUGCAGUCAUGAACUCAGUGGUUGGCAUCAAGCCCACAGUAGGCCUCACGAGCAGAUCUGGGAUGGUGCCUAUCUCGCCUAGGCUACAAACCAUAGGGCCAAUGGCUCGUACGAUGGCAGAUGCAGUGACACUCUUAGAUGUGAUCGUGGGAUUCGAUCCACUAGACGCUAAUGCGACCAAAGAGGCAUUAAGGUUUAUUCCAACUGAUGGAUUUCAAAAGUCAUUGAAGGAAGAUGGACUCGAGGGGAAAAGAGUGGGGAUUCUACGCCACUCAUUCUCAAAUGAAUACCCCAAGGGAAGCGUGGAGGCUAACACAUUUGAAGCUCAUUUUCAAACUAUGAGAUUAAAAGGCGCAAUCUUAAUUGACAACAUUGAAUUGAAAAAUGUGAAGAUCAUGCAAAAUAUAACUGCAAGUGGUGAAGCGAUUGCACUUUUAGCCGAGUUCAAACUUUCACUGAACGCCUACCUCAAAGAUCUUGUGUCCUCCCCAGUACGAUCUCUCGCAGAUGUCAUAGUCUUCAAUAAUCAGCACCCGAUCGAGGAGAGGAUGAAAGAAUAUGGGCAAAUAGUCUUCCUAGCAUCACAACAAACAAAUGGAAUAGGUGAGGCAGAGAAGAAUGCAAUGAAAAGAAUGGCUCAACUCUCAAAGGAGGGAAUGGAGGAUUUAAUUCAAGAGAAAAGCUUGGAUGCUGUGAUGUUCCCUGAUUAUAGUAUGUCACAUGCUCUGGCGAUAGGCGGCUUUCCCAUUAUUAGUGUGCCAGCUGGAUACAAUAACUCAGGUGCACCUUUUGGUAUUUCCUUUGCUGGAUUGCGGGGUUCAGAUGCUACAUUGAUUGAGAUAGCUUAUGCCUUUGAACAAGCUACCAAAGUCAGAAAGCCACCUCCACAACUCGUUUGA